AUUCUUACCUUGAAAAUGAAUAUUUUUACAGCAUUUCCGCUCGAAUUGGCGGCAACAGUUAUUGAUACUUUGUGCUCCUCCACGCUGUUUAUUGGAAGCGUGCCUCCGCAAAUACAGCCGGACAUAACGAAAAUGCACUUUCAGUAUAUGACGCCAUGCCUGAAUUAUAGCGUUCCGUUAUUGAAAGCCGAGAAGCUAUGGAAUCAUCCGAAAUUUCGACAGAAUCAUAAAUUGGUCAUCCUGGCUACGGGCUGGACAAAUACUGUUAACGAUUCUGCCACCAUAGCGAUGAUAUCAAGGGCUUUUAUGUGCCGGCCUGCUGUUAAUUUUGUGAUUGUAGAUGCGGCCUAUUACGUGGACACACUGUACAAGUGGUCGGCCCUGAACACGGAUCUCAUUGGGGAGCACCUAGCCGUCGGUUUACAGCACUUGAUAAAGGUUAUGCCAUUAAUGGACAUUCAUUUGAUUGGUCAUUCAUUGGGCGCCCAUAUUAUGGGGACUGCUGGUCGCACAUACAAAAAACUAACGGGACGUCUAGUAUCUCGUAUAACUGGUCUGGAUCCAGCCAAACCCUGUUUUCGUAAUGAAAAAUCACUGCCCGGACUGAUGCACGGCGAUGCUGAGCUAGUGGACGUUAUACACACAAAUAUUGGCAUUUUGGCGAAACGAGAUCCUUUGGGCGACAUUGACUUUUAUCCAGGGGGUGCACAUCCCAUUAAGCCCGGCUGCCUGACUAUUGGCUGCUCCCACACGCGUGCUGUUGAGUAUUUUGCGGAGAGUGUCUAUCCGCAACAGGAGAGAAAUUUCCUGGGUUUCAAAUGCAGGUCGUGGAAAGAGCUCGAAAGGCGAAAAUGUCAGACCGACAAAACUUCAACAAUGGGCUACGUGAUUAACCGGAAGGCGACUGGCAUUUAUUAUGUUGACGUUAAUGGCCAAAACCCUUAUGGCAAAAACUUUAAUCCGUUGAAACGAGAACAUGUUGACUGCGCCAAGCCCAAGUGUAGAUCCAAGUUAUUGAGUAAAGAUCAGUCUUAA